CUCCCGCUGCCAGCCUCGUCAUGACGGACUUUUUUAGAUGAGACUGAGCCGCGGUCGGUUAGGAUGAUGGUGAUGAGGAGGAGGAUGAUGAUGGUAGUGUUAAUGAUGCCUCGCGCUGGUUUCUGAAGUUAACGGAACUUCACCUGAUGAAGUCCUGAGAGGAGAGGACUGAGAGUCACGGUGCUGAGAGGCAGAAAACUACCUGUUAUUAAUUAUUGUUUACACAGCAGUGACGAUGAUGAAGGGACUCGGCUUCUUCUCUUCGUCCUGCCUUCAUCCUCCAGCCGCAGACGUCAGUGGAACGUUUCAAUCCGCUCUCACAUUCAGGUUAAUCUGAUUAUGAAGAUUUCCCCCGAGGUGCCUCUCUGUCAAUGACGGCCAAGAUGGAGACUCCUUUCUACCACGACGACUCCCCCGCCAUGCCCGGCUUCAAUCAGAUUGCCGAAUACGAGCGCUACUCGGGAAACAAGAUGCUGAUGAGUAAGAAGGCCAUGUCAAUGGCAGGAAGUCAUCACUUCCCCAGUGGUGGUGGAGCAGGAGGGAGGGUUGGGAACCCCAACAACCUGGGGCUGCCAAACAACAGCUCGUUGAUGACAUCGGCGGCGUCCUCUGUGGCAUCCUCAGGGGACAUGAACCUGCUGAAACUGGCGUCCCCUGACCUGGAGCACCUAAUCAUUCAGUCCAACCAGGGGCUGGUCACCACCAGCCCGGUGCCAAACUCCACCAACCCCUUCAUGUACCGUAACCAGGCCACCAACGAGCAAGAGGGAUUUGCCGACGGCUUCGUCAAGGCACUGGCAGACCUUCACAAGCAGAACCAGCUGGUUGGAGGUGGGCCCAUGUCCCCACCUUCAUCCUCCAGCAUCUCCCUGCAGGCGUCCUACCAGAGGAACCUGAUGUCAGGUGGAGAUAUGCCCAUCUACACCAACCUCAGCAGCUACAACCCGGGCCAGAUGCCAUACUCCGGAGGGCAGAUGGCAUACGGCGGAGGCUCAGGCCACGGUGGUGGUGGAGCUCCUCAGCCCCACCCUCGAGGUCUGGACGCCCCGCAGACCGUCCCUGAGGUGCCUCACCCUCCAGGGGACCCCACCUCGCCACCGUCCCUCUCGCCAAUUGACCUGGAGACGCAGGAGCGGAUCAAAGCGGAACGCAAGAAACUCCGCAACCGCAUCGCCGCAUCCAAGUGCCGCAAGCGGAAGCUGGAGCGCAUCUCGCGGCUGGAGGAGAAGGUGAAGGUCCUGAAGAGCCAGAACUCGGACCUGGCCUCCACCGCCGCCAUGCUGCGGGAGCAGGUCGCUCAGCUAAAACAGAAGGUCAUGAGUCACGUCACCAACGGCUGCCAGAUUUCUGUGAGCUCGUCGGCUGCCAGCAAGGCCGGAGGAGGUGGAGGCACCGGCAGCGAGGACUCCAGCUGCUGAGGAGGCGGGACGUCAGGAGAACAUGCCAAGAGGCUGUUUACUUUUAUGAUUUUGCUUGUGCUUUCAGUCGGAGCGAGCAGAGAGCAAGCAGCUCGUGUCAUCGAUGCCUCAACAGGAAAGGUGGAUGUUUAACGGCAUUUACAGUCCCCGUGAACUGUCAGUCACCCAGCCAGAGGGGGCGGAGCUUUACAGAGGAGUCCGGAGAGGGAGGGACGCGAUCGAGUUCGGAUUACUUUUUAAAGAACAUCUGACGACAUUUGAGACUGAAAGAGCUCAGAUCUGACACACUGUGGAACAAAGUGUCAGGGUUCCACGUUCAGGAACCGCUCGCCACAUUUUUCAGAUGUCAUCAGAUGUCGGCUGACACACCGCACAGGAAAUCAUUAUUUUUCGUUCUCUAAAAACAUAUUUAAGAUUUUACAGAUGGAGCAAAUUAUAUGUUUUAAAAAAGUUUCUGCAGUGUGAAAAGAUUUCUCAUAACAUCAAAAUACACAAAUUAAACUCUUUCAUGUAAUCAGAUUACUUUUAGUUACAGAGUAAGAAAUGUAACUGUGAUAUCAAGUUCAGAUAAAGGAUGAAGAGAUCAUUUAAUCUUUAUUUUAAUCCAGUCAAUUUAACAUGAUCUGUGCUGCGUUUGUUUUGUAAUCUGAUUACUUUAAUCUCUUUACUUUGGUGUAACUAAAGCUCCACUCCGGCCUGCACACUCACUCCUGUUUCUGGAUGUUUUUUAAUGUUUUGGGAGAGAAAUAAAGUUUAAAGUUGCAUUUUUAUUGGGAGCAACACUGGCAUCACAGAUAUCUGUUUGAUAAAAGCUCACGAGCUGUUUGAAAUUCAUGACAACCACCAACUGUGGCAGAAAUGUCAUCCUAUAUCUAGGCGUGCACAUUUUGGAUGAUCUCACUAGGAAAUUAAACAUGUCUGACCAAGUAUGAGUCUUAAAUUAUGCAUACAUGUUUUUGUGCAUAAAUAUUUUUUCCUGUUAGCAGUGGUGUAAUGCUUGUGUUUCAGUCACAUCUCUCAGAUCGGCCUCUCCCCGCCCGCCCAUCGGGGUCUGCAGUCUCUCGACCUGCACGGCACUGUGCAGCAGUCAGUGGCUCCUGUACUUUUGACCCACAUUUAUAAUUUUCUCUCUCUUUGUGAAGAUAAAAGAUCAUGUUCAGCAAUCGUGGAUCUAUAAAAUAAAAGUUUAGAGUCCCUUCAAUGUUAGCUCAUUGCAGUUAAAACUCAGAACGACCCUAAACAAGCGCCUCAGCUCAUAAACUGAGUCUUCAGAGGUCAAGUCUGAAGGUCGUUUUCUCAUUCACUCCUAUAGGACUAGAAGCCCAGAGGAGUCGCCCCCUGGUGGCUGUUAGAAAGAAUACAUUUUUAGGACAUUUCCAUGUUGGCUGCAGUUUUCAAAGCUACAUCCAGCUUUUAUUCUCUCUACAAGAAGCAGUUUCUGUUUCCUAGGCUGGAAAUAACUGUGAUCUUACUGAUUUUGAAAAUUCAAGAGUCUCAUGGCUCCAGACGGACAAACACGAGCAUGCAAGUUUUGGUGCUUGGAUCCACUUUUGAAAGAUUGUCACAGAGUUUUCGUGUUUGGUAAAAUCUGCAUUUGAUUUAAGUUGAAAUUUGUAAAAUUUUGGUUUUGCAAAGGGAAUCCAAAUCAUUUCAAUCUUUCUAUUUUCAAGUUUACUUUGUGUCACCGCGUGCAAACAAUCCUGAGUGGAGAGAAUUUCACUUUUUUAAUAGUUAAGGUGUUUGAUUGCUUUCUUUUCUGCAGCAGGAUAAACAAUAUCUGACAUUAUAAAGAGGAAUUGUUUCAUAUCUGUUUUAUACUCAUUAAUAAUAAUGUGCAACAAGAAAAUUAGUGUUGACUAAUAUCCAUUAUUCUGAUGUUGUUAUUCAUUUACUUUUUCUGUGCUAUAAAAAUAAUGAUUCAUGUAAGUGAAUUUAUUUCAUGCAUUUGUUAGCAGGUCAUAUGGAAGCCCAUUGAUGCCAGAAAAAUAUUUGCACCACAUAAUUAGAAUGAAAACUUUGUCGUGUUUUUAAAUUUUUGUCAUAGAAAGAAUUUCAUCUCUUUUAUCGCCGGGUUGAAAUGGGCCUCCACGGAGACAAAUACAUCCGACGCUGCUCCUGCGGAUGCAGGAAUUUGUAAGCAUUUAUUUCUGAUUAAAUUCAAGGUCAACCGGACAUUUCUAAAUAUGAUAAAAAAAUACAGGCAGGAAAAUCCACACAGAACUGUGCAGUUAUAAAAAAUAAUGCUCUUUAAAUUGUGUAUGUUUCUAAAGAGGUCACUGCAGAAGUUGUAGAGGUACAGUGGAGAUAAGAAAGGUGGCUUCUUGAGGUCCCUGGAAAUGCGGCGUUACUUCAGGCACCUUAGAAACGCAACCAGUGGCAAGCUUUAAAAAUUAGCUGUAGCUAGAAGUCCUUAACACAUUUAUCCUUGGAAAUGUUACAGAUGUCCUUAAGGACCUAGUGAUGGAAGUCUGGAGGAUGGUAAUUGUCCUACAGAGUUCCUGAGUACCUUGUGGAAAUUGGUAAUGUCUCUUGGGAUCUUUCUGGGCACUUUCAGGGGAGCUCUGAGGUCCUGGAGGGGCCUCCUGACAUCCUUCUUGUAAAGGUACUAGAAAGAAUUGUGGAGGACCUUGGGGGGGGGGCUACAGGUUGUAAAGUACUUGAGGACCUGGUAGAUGCCUGUACCAGCGGCGUCAUGAGGUGCUAGGAGAGGUUGGUAAGGUCCCUGAGGAUCUUCCUGAGAUCUUUAAAGAAAGUUAUGAUGUACUAAUGAGGCAUCCUGAAAGCCUUAAUGGGGAUAUGAAGGUACUAAACAGUAUUCUGGUGGACCUUGAGGGGCUUUUGCAGGUCCUUAAGGACACUGUACAGGUCCUUGAAAAUUUCAUCGAUGUUCUUGAAGAUAUUUGAGGAUAAUGGCAACAUCCUUGAUAAGUUGCUGAGAUCACUGAUUACAUACGGUCUCUGAGGGGGUUCCUGAGGUCCUUGGAGAGGUUGAUGAGGUCCUUGUGAACCUUCCUGAGGUCUUUGAUGGCUUUCCAGAGGACUUUAAGGGGACACUUCAUGGGUCCAUCAAUGGGCCAAACUUUCAUAAGCUGAUUUAUGACAAUCAGUUUCAAAGACAUAAAGAAUAUGCUCCACAUUUUGUGUCAUAUCUGAGGGAACAUUGUUGGCUGAUAACUGCACAUGUUGCUGUGGAUUUUCUGAGUUUUGGGUGAAGGUGACAGAGUGGGCUUUUCAUCUCUCCAUACAGUUGUUGUUUAUCAGUGUGCUGGUUGUUCCAGACUAAUCAACCUUUUCUAUUUCAGACUCUAUUUUGCACUGACUUUACUGUCCAGUCAACAUCUGCAUCAUGCUUACAAACUGCAGCUGUCAGACAGAUUAAAACAAUAUUUACUGCCCGCAGAUGGUUUCAGUUAAACUUGAUGUUUUGUGUUUGACGAAUCAAAUAUACUGUUGGCGCGCGUUGAGCAAAUAUUUAUUUUUUUGAACUUGAACGAGGCUUUUGAUGCCUCUAAUGAUUCUAUUUUUGUACAAAUGUAUAAAAGUUGCUGUUAUUAAUAUACUGAAACGUGUGUAUGUACGAUCUGAUUUGUUCAGCCUCUUCGUGUCUAUUUAUUAUGACUCUCUUUUGUGUUUAUUUCUCUUCACUUUGUUCUGCUGUUCAGAUGUUUGUGUCAAUACACCAGUGAUGAAAUAUUCA